GAUCAAUGUGUGGAACAAAAAGUAUUCAAAAUAAAUGUUCAUAACCGUUCAGGCAGAUCGGGUUUUCAGUGUUAUUGUGCUAUACAGAUUGGCCAAAUUGAGACAACAUGUAGUGCUUGGUUUUCGUGGUCAUUUGUGUUGUAGAUCUGUACUCUUAAAGCUAACUGUGAGCUCAUGUUAGCUCGAUAGUACCGACAUUCACCCAGGCUGAAGCUGGGGCGCAGCAGCAGCACAGCCACUAGCCGACGAUCAUUUCCGACAGCUCCGUAUGGAUUUGACGUCGGCAUAUAUUGUUGCUUGAUGUUUUACAAAGGGUCGAUUACCGAUGAUUUUCGAAGAUGGGGGAACCUUGUGACCUCAAGCACUUCGUAAAGUGUGGCGUCAAUUUGGAGGGCUCAUUUCUCUGAUUUGGAUUAUUCUUGGCCAGCAGCCUCUUCGGGCCUACUAAUCCUAGACGAGUUUCUCAAUGGACACUCUUCUCAAGUCUGAGAUCAGAGAGGAAGGGAGUAAUGCCUCGGUAAAGGUGGAAGGCUUAUCCAAGGCAGCUCUAAUCAAAAGCCUGUCUCCCAGAGUCAUGCUAUCCAACCAUCUCUUGCCUAAAGGGACCAAAAUGAAGGUCAACCUAGAGGAUCAGGGUCGUCAGAAAGUGUCCUUCGGCUUCGCACAGAUCAAGAAGCCACUGCAGAGCCCAUUCUUCCUCCCUGCCAGUCCUGACAAGUCUGUUGCUGAGCCUAAUGCUGCCUUGUCACAGUCAACCUCAGAAGUAGAAGAGGAAAUUAUAGACAUCGAAACUGAGCAGAACCAGACCCCAAUGGUGCAAAAAUCAAUAGCAGAGACACAGUCUGAAACACCAGUUGCUUCAGCCACUAUACUGAAAACAGACCUGGCUAAGAUGCAUUUCAAGAAGCAAAUUCUCAGUGUCUCUGUGAAUGAAGAGAAUCCAACAACUCUUGUGCCAGAGGAGCCACACUCUCUCGAAUUGCAGGUUUUGCAGAAACCAACAGGUGAAACUGAAUUUACAUCUCCUCAGCCUCAGAAUGUCAUCAGUGUCUGCCCGUCUGAAGAUGUUCACAUUGAGUCCCCUGAUAAAAGGGUUACCCCUACCCUCAAGAAGCCAGCGGCUUUCUCAGGAAAAGAUGGAGAGAGUUCCAGCAGUGCUGAGAAGAGUAUUAUGGUAGAGAAAACAAAAACCAGGUCCCACUCAGAUGGAGCUCACCCUGGCUCUGAAUCUGAUGGAGAUUCAGGCCAGAUGUCUUCUCGUCGCAAAUCUGUUGACUCCAAAAGUAAAGCAAACUCUGACAGCAGAAGCAAAGAGAUAAAGAAGUCUUCCUCAAGUUCACAUGUGGAGGAAAAAGAAAAAAGUUACUCCAGGAGGUCAGAGAAUAAUGAAAGGUCUUCUAGUUACUCCAAAUCAGAACGUGAUCCAAGACACACAUCCUCACGCUCAUCUCGAUCCGAUAAAGACCGCAGAAGGUCCAGGUCUAGAUCGCGGUCUAGAUCAAGAGGGUCACGGACAAGUUCAUCUCACUCCAGGUCAGAGAGAUCCCGAGGCGACAGAGGAUCACGCUCCGAAAGGUCAUACUACCUUGACUCUGAUCGGAGAUCACACCGAAGUUCUCCACGCAGAGAGAGAAGGCGUUCUCGCUCUCGCACUGACAGAACUCGGGACAGUUCUGACUCCGAGGAUGACCACAGGAAGACGAGAACAAGGACUAGUGACUCCAGUAGAUUGUCCAGCUAUUCAAGCUCACAUAAAGACUCAAAAUCAUCUUCCUACUCCAAGUCUGAGAAAGUUUCUAAAUCUUCAGAUUCUCCUCAUUCUUCAGAAUUUGAUAAAAGAACACAAUCGUCAAAGUCUGAAAGGACCUCAAAGCGAUUAUCAGACUCUGAUUCCCAGCGCAAGUGCUCUCCGGAUCUGGACUCCAGUUACCGUAAAUCUAGCACCCAUCACAAAUCAGAGACCAACAGCAAAUCAUCUUCUUCCAGCAUGCAUACACACUCUCAAACAUGUGAAAAACAGCGAAAGAGCAGCUCCAAUGACUCUGAGACAGAUCAUAAAGGAAAAUCACAGGCAUCUGACAAAAGGUCUGGCUCGGAAGAUAAAUGUAAAAACUACCCGAAGAAAACCAGUAGGCCAGACUCAAAGCAGAUGACCCCUUCUAGAUCUUCUGGAAAUACAAGUGGACACGAUAGACAAUCACAUCACAUAUUUAAUAGCCCUGGCAAAGCACUGUCAAACACAAACACCACAGAUGUUUUUUCUCAGAGUGAGAAAGAGAAGACUGAAUCCUCAAAAGAUGGUAAUGAAUGUAGUCGUCAAAAUGUUAAGGAGAUAGUCUCAUGCCCUGAUAAAAAAUUACAAGAAUCGUUGUCGAAGAGAUCAAAAGAAACUAAAUCAAGUCUUGAUGUAGACCCCUCAGCUAUAACCCCAAGUGAAAACCUAAAGCACGCCUCCCUGGAAAACUUGACCAAUGUGAAGAAUAGCCUUUCUUCGAAUAAUCGACCACAUGUGAACUCUGAUGCAGCUGUCUUAAAUUCAUGCAGUAGUAAUGAUCGCUUAAUGGGCAACCAUGACAAGAACAUUGUUGACUAUUUACCAGGGCCAAAGUCCUUAGAAACAGCAGAUAUACCUGUCCCCCAUGAUGUCCAGCAGAACACUAAACCAGAGAUUGUUAAAGAUUUGACAGCUGGCAAGCUGCCUGGCGCAAAUUUGUCACUCAAAUCUGAUUCACUGUGUCUUGACUCUGAGGAUCAGCUGAUAAUUGAACCGCAAGAUAUGGAUUCUCAAAAGAGCAGCAGUGCGACAAAAAAGUCCAGAUGGGAUAUAGUUGGGCAGAACACCCCAGAGAGUGAUAAUUUACAGUGGUCACUUUGUGAAGAGAGUAAGCCGACUUUAAAAAAAUUGAUUUCUGUCAAACAAAUUGAGGUUUCUAAAGAUCAUAGCCAACAAGACUCUGACAUAAAUACUCAGCAAGGAGCUGUAACACAUUCCAAACUGGUUAAGCAGACAGAGAACUCUAGACAGGAAGGUGGUUCAGACCGCACAUCCAUAUCAGAUAAAUACAAAGACCAAAGUGAGCCUUCACAGGCGAGCACCAGCAUUGACCACUGUGACUUAAAGCUGAGAGUUUGUCAAAAAACAAAAACAGAGCCUAUGCACGUAAACGAUACAUCGCAGCUCGACAAAGCUGCAAAGAUGCAGAGUUGGAAUGGCGAUGGUCAUGAAGACAAAGCCAAGGACAGCACUUCCAAGAAUAAAUUGAGUAAUAGAACAUUACCUAAUCAGGACGGAUUAGGAGCACAGAGUGAGGUCAGUGAUAGCGACAACUCUGAGUAUGACUCCGAUUGCGGCGAGGCUAUAAAACGGUUGCACUCUGUGGUGGUAGUGCCAAAGAAUUCUUCGCUAAUAGGAGAUGCACAGGAUACGGGAGCUUUUCCAUGCAGUCUAAUGAACAGUUCUGAACAGCAGAACCCGAAUAUCAAUGAAGUCCCAAACCAAGGCACACAAGAAAGGCAGGGGGCUGCUUUCCUGCCAACAACUGGUCCUUAUGAUGGUGUAAAUGAUCCAUCCCAUAGUAGCAUGUUGUGUCAAUCCCAGAGUAAUAUGAUUGACAGCACCAGUCACUCAGAGGGUUCCAGCUUCAUCAGUGCACAACGUUACGUGGCGGGUCACAUGGCUGCCCAUGGAAGUGCCACGGAGCCUGCCCACUGCCUUGAUAAUUCAAGGCAGGGUGAGCAAGGGCAUACACAGCAUACUGUUAGCAGCAGAGGUGAAAGGAUGUACUCUCAUUUCCAACCUGUUGCUGACAAUAUCAAUGAUAAGAACGGACUCAUCCUGGGUUGGGAAUUUCCGCAUCCAGAACAGCCCAGUACUACAUACCAGCAGCCUGAUAGCAGUCAUGGGCCAAACCUAGCAAACACUAAACUGACUGAAACCUCUCCCAUGGGACUGCAACAGAGACAGAGUAACGCCACCUGGAACCAUCAAUCCCCAAACACACAGACUAGCAGACAACCCUACCUCCAUUUGCAUGAGCAUUAUCCGGAUCCUGCAGGUGAAAUCCAUCCUGAUUCCCUAACUAAUGACCAGGACGACUUCAGUGAGGAUAAACUAUCUGACCUCAGUAAAACAGCUGUUGAAUGUGGUGGACCUAGCACUCCUUCAAGCUUUGUUCAAGGCCACGAAAUAAGCAGCAACAGCAGGGGCUCUGCUUUGCCGGACGCCCCUAGAGAAGAACAUUUCAGACCCCACAGAGGAAGGGGCCCUCCCAAGAAAAGGCGGCCAGAGAUUGAGUCAGAUUCAGACAAUGAAGCAGAAGCUGGGCCUGCAGGCAAGAGGGAACGGCAAGAAAGUGCUGACGUCCCCAAGGAAAGUCAUGCCAAAGCUGAGGUGCAGCGUCCAUUGCUCAAUCUGCGAGACUUUCAAGACUCCAGUAAAUGGAGAGAGUUUUCCAGGUCUAAGAAGAUGCCCCCCUACUUUGACCUGAUUGAGGAGAACCUGUACCUGACAGAAAGAAAGAAAAGCAAAUCCCAUCGAGAUAUCAAGAGAAUGCAAUGCGAGUGCCCAGUGCUGCCCAGAGAGGAGCGCUCGAGAGGAGUAUUGGCAUGCGGGGAAGACUGUUUGAAUCGGCUGCUCAUGAUUGAGUGCUCCUCACGGUGUCUGAAUGGACACUACUGCUCUAAUAGACGCUUUCAGAUGAAGCAACAUGCAGACUUCGAGGUCAUCCUCACAGAAGACAAGGGCUGGGGUCUACGGGCAGGGAAUGACUUGAUUGCAAACACCUUUGUGCUGGAGUACUGCGGGGAGGUAUUGGACCACAAGGAGUUCAAAACCCGGGUGAAAGAAUAUGCUCGCAAUAAGAACAUCCACUACUACUUCAUGGCGCUAAAGAACAAUGAGAUCAUUGAUGCAACGCUGAAGGGGAACUGCUCCCGUUUUAUGAACCAUAGCUGUGAGCCCAACUGUGAGACCCAGAAGUGGACGGUCAAUGGCCAGCUUAGGGUUGGGUUCUUCACCUCGAAGCCAGUCCCUGCAGGAACUGAACUGACAUUUGAUUACCAGUUCCAGAGAUACGGCAAAGAAGCACAGAAAUGCUUCUGUGGAGCACCCAGCUGCAGAGGCUUCCUCGGCGGGGAGAACAGAGUCAGUGUUCGGGCAGCUGGUGGGAAGAUGAAGAAAGACCGCAGCCGAAAGAGCGCUCUCACCACGGUUGAUGAAGAGCUGGAGGCGCUACUAGAAAAUGGAGAAGGCCUGUAUGAUGAGAAACAGGUGGUGUCUCUCUGCAGACUGAUGGUCCGAGUGGAAACCAUGGAGCAGAAACUCCUCUGUCUCAAGCUGAUACAAGAUACUCAAAAUCCAUCAUGCCUGAAGCAGUUCCUGGACCAUCAUGGAUUGUCUUUGCUGUGGAUCUUCAUGGUGGAGAUUUCUGAAGCUAAAGGCAACAGUGCCAAUAACGUCAAACUGCAGUUAGAGAUUUUGAAGACCUUGGCUGUGCUCCCUAUCUCCACCAAGAACAUGUUGGAGGAGAGCAGAAUACUUACCUUUAUCCAGCGAUGGGCACAGACGAAAUCGCUCCAUCACCCUGCUGAGAUGGACGGCUACUCUAGUGAGAACACCUCCCGCGCUCAAACCCCCCUCAACACUCCUGAUGGUUCCUCCACCAAACUGGGACCAGAAUUGGAUGGCGAAUCCAAACCUGCCGUGUACCGCCGCCUUAAAAUCAUCAGUGAAAACAGUCUGGACAGUGCACUCUCUGACGCUAGCAAAGCAUCUGAUGGCAAGGAGGAGGAGGAGGAGGAGGAUGAUGAUGAGGAAGAAGAUGAAUCCUUACAUGUAGGACUUCCUGACGACAAACAGUUGGAGGCAGAGCCGGUGUGUGAGGCUGCAGAUCCAGUGAAAGAAACAACGGAAGAGACGAUUAAAGAGGAGGUCCAGGGCAAAGAGGAGGUCCAGGGCAAAGAGGAUGUCCAGGGCAAAGAGGAUAAAGAGGAGGAGACGGGGAUGAGUGCCAGCAGUCAGCAACAACCUCAAACUGAAGAGGUACAAGAAAAAAUGGAGUUGGGUUUGGAGAAAGAUAUUGAGAUUAAGAUGAAAGAGGACACAACUGAGGGUCCUACGGAAGAACUUGAAGUGCCGAAAGAGCUUAGUAAAGAACAAGACAGUAGAGAGGAGAACACACAUCAGGCUGUGACGGAAAAGGCUGGACUCGAAGCAGACCAGCCCACUGUUGAAGUUCCUGAACCAGAGAGUAGGCCCAUGCUAACAGAUGUUGCUGAUCUCCCACCUGAGCAGCCUUCAGAGAAUACAGAGGCCAAGGCAGAGACACAAGAACCUGAGAAGCCUCUUCCUGGCAUCGAGGCACAACCUAGUGGAUCUACCACUGAUGCUUCCUCUAACUCUGAGCCCCCGGAGGCCAGUUUGCCCUCUGAAGUCAUAGCAACCCUCGUGGAGCCAUCAGCCAUAGGAACUCCUUCUCAAGAUGAAGAGGAAGGUGUCUCAGAUGUGGAAAGUGAGAGGAGUCAGGAGCCUCAAUUCAGUUCUUUGGACAUCUGUGCCAUGGCUGCCAGGCUUCUGGACAGCUGGAAAGAUCUGAAGGAGGUGUACAGAAUACCAAAGAAGAUUCAGGUGGAGAAGGAGGCAAAUGAUCGUAGCCGGGAUAGAGACACAGCUUUGAUGCCACGCACCACUUCUGGUAGCCGAGAGCGUGAGAGGGAGCGAGAAAAGGAGAGGGAGCGUGACAGAGAGAGAGACCGUGAUUUUGAAAGAGACAGGGAUCGAGAGAGGGACCGAGAUCGGGACCGAGAUCGGGACCGGGAUCGGGACAGAGAUCGAGACAGAGAUCGGGAUCGGGAUCGAGGCUCCGACAAAACUCCUCAACGCAGCACAGAGAGACGGAGGAGACGAUCUGCUUCACCACCGUCAUCCUACGAGAGGAGCAGCCGACGCACCGAGGAACGGUUUGACACGCCUAACAGCAGCAAGACUCGGGGAGUUGGUGGUAAGGAGCGCAACAAGCUGUCUACAGAGGAGCGCAGGAAGCUGUUUGAGCAGGAGGUUGCACAGCGGGAAGCCCAGAAACAACAGCAGCUUCAACAACAACAGCAGCAGCAACAACAACAACAGCAACAACAACAACAGCAGCAGCAGCAACAACAGCAGCAGCAGCAGCAGCAACAACAGCAACAGCAGCAGCAGCAGCAGCAACAACAGCAGCAGCAGCAGCAACAACAGCAGCUUCAAACACUGGGUUAUGACCCCACUCUGGCCUAUGUCUCCAGCGCUGGCUUCAUCACCUACCCUCCUGGAUAUCCCAUCCAGACCUAUGUUGAUCCCACAAACCCUAAUCUAGGCAAAGUACUGCUACCCACACCUCCGGUUGAUCCCUCCCUGAACUAUGAAGAGACGCCUCCCCAGCGUCUUAUCUCAGACCUGGGACUGUCCUCUCCAUCCUCCACUUCCCAGGCCACUCCGGUCUCUAAUCUUCCUCAGCACAUCACCCCUGACCUUGCCACUGGCAACCCUCCACAGUAUGCCCAGCCAACUGUAGCAACUCAGGACGCAGGGGUUGCGGUCCUCUCCGUGCCCGCAGCCCCUCCGAUACAGGGCCAGCAGAGCUACACUACUCUGUGGGAUCCCACUACUCAGCAGGCCGUGACUGUGCAGACACAGCCAGCGCAGCAGUACACCACAGCCCCACCACCGCCUCAGACACAGACAGCCAUCUAUUACCAGGGGCAGCCGUGCCAAACCAUCUACAGCAUCCCCACCGCCUACCCACAGGCCAACCCCCCCGUCAUACAGGCGUACACUGAACCCACAGCCAGCUACCUGCACGGGCAGCCUGUGUAUCCUGGCCAUCAGCAGGGAGUGGUGGUGCAGCAGGGAGGCACCGUCACCACUAUUGUCACAUCCCAAACGGUCCAACAGGAAAUGAUUGUACCCAACAACGUGAUAGACCUGCCUCCUCCCUCUCCUCCCAAACCCAAAACAAUAGUCCUACCUCCAAACUGGAAAGUGGCCCGGGACCCUGAAGGAAAGAUCUACUACUACCACAUCGGCACAAGGCAAACACAGUGGGACCCUCCAACAUGGGAUGGAUAUAGCGACAACGCAAGUGUGGACCAUGAAUCUGAGAUGGACCUGGGGACACCCACCUAUGAUGAGAAUCCUUCCAAGUUCUCUACAAAGACAGCUGAGGCAGACACUUCCAGUGAGCUGGCUAAAAAGAGUAAAGAGACAUUUCGCAAAGAGAUGUCCCAGUUCAUAGUACAGUGUCUAAAUCCUUAUCGGAAGCCAGACUGCAAACUUGGGCGCAUCAUCAACACGGAAGAUUUCAAACACCUGGCUAGAAAGCUAACUCAUGGAGUUAUGAACAAGGAGUUGAAAGCUUGCAAUAAUCCUGAGGACCUUGAGUGUAACGAGAAUGUGAAGCACAAGACCAAGGAGUACAUCAAGAAGUACAUGCAGAGAUUUGGCACUGUGUACAGGCCCAAGGAGGACACGGAGCUGGACUAGCUUCAGCGUCCACAGGUGUUGCCCUUUUCCUGUGCGAACACAGGAGAAGCACAGAUUUGCCUUUCCAGUCACUCCUUCAUGUAUGUACUGGCCAGCCUGAGCCCUGAAGUAGUUUCUUAUGCGUAUUUAUAACUAAGAAUUGCACUGCUGCCCGAGAAGCUCUCCAGGCCUCAUUGAUCAUGGCGGAGCCCCGCUAUAAAGACUGACGGAGACUCGAGUGUCGCUGAACGACCCGAAAACUCCAGGUGCAGUGUUCUCCAAGGACGACACUGCGGGGUGCUACAGAGACUAACGUUUUCACAGACUGUUUGAUUUUAAGCAUCUUUUUUCCAUAUGUGGCUCUUAAAUGUUCCCGAGAUGAUCACCUCAAUUCCACUUUUUAACUCUUCUAGCCCUGAAUGAUGGAUUAUCAGCAGAUUUCAGUAUCAUAUUUAUCAGAGGUAUUUUUUUUUUACUUUCCACUGUUUAAAAUGGAUCAAUGACAGCUGAGUGCUUUUUUCCCUCCCACUUCCUGUGCACGCUUCACCCCCCUGCCACUGACUAUCUGGUGCUGCUUUUAACUGGGCUGUGGAGGUCCAAGCUUCCACUCCUCAAGCCCUGCCUUCUUAACCACAAGACUUUGGAGCCUGUGUUGUUUUAUGGAUGCAUGAUGUAGGCUGAGGUCAGAGUGGUAUCCUCAUGAAAAUUCCUUUAGUUUUUCAAGAAACAUGCCCUUACUGGGUUGAGCUUUUACUCUCAAUACACUUCAGCAAAUAACCAGCAGGUUGGCAAGGUGAUCCAUUCGUCUUUUAUGAAUUGGUGUAUAUUAACGGGAGCUGGGUUUGAAUGCUAUGCUUGAUGUUCAGUUUAGCCAUUUCAUUUUGCUCUGUUUCCAUUUCUUACAGGAAUAAUACUGAAAGGGCAGUUUUAACAGUUUCUUAUCAUCUUGUGUUCUCUAUUGCUUUUCACUGUUAGUCCUUGUUAACGACACCUAUGCCGGCUCUGCUUCACAAACUGUCACUCAUUAAUUUCCAAGAUUUCUACAGUUGUCUUGGGGGUUUCAUCAGCAUUAGGUCACCGAUUGGUUACAGCCUAACUAAUUGCAUUAAACGAAGUUCCAACAUAUGUACAUUGCUUUAUAUGUGAAUAUAUUGAAUAAUAGUUUUGAGAAUGUUUAAAUAAGCAGACACUUUGUAAAAUGCCUAUCAUUUCAUCAUUGAAAGUGUAAAUAAUGUGUAAACCUACCAAAGCUGUGCGCAGGAGAGUAGGGUCAGGGAGCCCACCCAUCCUCACCAGCUCAGCCCUCCUGAUGCAGCUCCUGCACCGCUCUGUUAAACUAAGUUCCCUGCUGACUCGCAGUGCUGUUUUAUUUCAGUGGUGGGGGAGAUUUCACCUUUUCUUUUUUUAGUUUUUAUUAUUUUUCUAUGUAUAAAGUAAGUUCCACCCUACUCUACUGUAAGUAUUGUGUAAGCACAUUGUCAUACCGAGUGUACAAACAUUUUAAAAGAUAAUAAACUUUUUUGUAAAAUGAAA